AUCAGUCCUAAAUCGUCAAUUCAAUUAGUCAAUGGGUGCACAUAGUUGAAUCAUCUGUUAUUACUAAUAUUAUCUUAACAUAUCUGAGAAUUAUGCUGUUCUAUUUUAUACAUCAUAAAUAAUAAGAUAAUAUUAUGAUUGUUUUGACUUUUAAAUGCUAUGAAUUACGAUUGAAUUGAAUUUAGAGAUAAAAUUCCAAAAUACUAAUCACGUAUACCGUUAAUUGCGUAGUUAUUUUCUUAGUGAUAUUGUAAUUUGUAAUCGUUAACCACAAUAGUACAAUACUACAUUAUUAUUGAGUUUGAUUUGUUUUUAUAUUAUUGUAUUUCAUAUUAAAAUUUCAUCAAUUGCUAUCCAAUUCAAAUACCAAUAAAUACUAGUCAGACAGUACUCGCAUUGUACGGAGUUCCAUGUAGUUUUAUUUAACUAUUUAAUCAACUUUAAUACAAACAAUUAUUUUAGUUACAAAUUUUGGGUUAAAUAAUUUUGAAUAUUCAAAUCAUGACAUCAACUAACACAUUGGAGGAUAACAUCAAAAUGUUACAUCAAUAUAUUGAACAUUUUCCAGACUUCCCUAAACCAGGAAUUUUGUAUAAGGAUGUAUUAUCAGUGUUAAAUCAUGGUGAUGGAAUACAAUUGUUGGAAAAAAUAUUGAAACAAAUUUCCAAUCAUCUGCGUGGUAAAGUUGACUGUAUAGCAAUGUUGGAGACUCGUGGUUUUAUUAUUGGUCCAAUACUUUCUUUACACCUUAAUGUACCAUGCAUACCAGUCAGUAAAAAGGGAAAUUUACCAGGCCCUGUUAUUGAGUUACCAUAUAUUUUGGAGUAUGGAGAAGAUAUUUUGACAGUACAAUUAAAUAGCAUCAUAAAAGGACAGAAGAUAUUUAUAGUGGAUGACUUUCUUGCAACUGGAGGUACAUUAGAAGCUGCUUCAAAAUUAAUUAAAAAAGCAGGUGGAGAAGUCGUACAAGGAUUAGUAUUAAUGGAAAAGUGUGAAUUAGGAGGACGUAAAAGAUUAGAUUUUCCAAUAAUAUCAUUAAUAUCUGAAUAAUUAUUUGCUGGCAACAAAUAUACUAUUUUUUUUUUGUAUUUUAAUAAUAUUGUAGUAUUAUAAAUAGCUAUUAAUAAAUUAUUAUUUUAUAUAUAAAAAAAAAAUGUAUCUGUGAUGUUUAUAUUCCAUAAUAUUGUUGUCUAAUAAUUGUAUAUUUUUUUUGUCCAAAAUAUCGAUUGAAUUCAAAUAUUUUUUCACACAUUGAUGAAUUAUAAUUUUAAAGAUUUACUUAAUUAUUUAAAGUGUUUUCAGUGUACAAUACACAAUACACUGUUUGUUGAGUUACAAAAUUGUUAAUAACCAUACAUUUUUUAUUGUUGAAAUGUGUCCAGUGCUCUUGUAUAUAUACUGUAAUAUUAAGAAUUCGAAUAUUCCAUUAUUAUAAAUCAUUAAAAAUUAUACUCGAAAGAAAAAAUGAUUCAAAUCAGAAUUUAAGAUUAAAAUAUGCAACAGAUAGUUAGUUGUAUUAUUGAUAAUGGGACUGUUUAAUUUACUUACUAACUUAAUAUAUUAGUAUACUAAAAAUUAUUAUUAAAUAAUUAUGUAAGUGAUGUUAAUUUCAUUGAAUAUAAAAUAACAAAUAACA